CAGUUCAUGGGGUCUGACACUUAAGAGAAGAUUGUAAUAUGUACUCCGGACAGUACUCGGGCCAAGACAACCCCCCGGCCCGAAUUAGAUGAUCCCUACCCGAGUUAGAGUCGAAGGAAGGGGAAUCGGUGUGGGGAGAGUUUGGAAUUCAACCGAGAAAAUCCUUCUAUAUGAUGUCUGGGACUGUGUCGGCCGUUUUGCUCGGCUAGCAGCUUGUUGGGUUUGUAGCUCCGGUUGUCAUUCGGCAGGAGAGGGAAGGGGUUCUGCUAGGUUGGGUUCUUAUUGUUGGGGAGCUAUGUCGGCUUCGGUGUUAUGGGGUUUUCUAGGUAUUGCUUUUCUGGGGGCUGAUAUAGCAUUGGGUUGACGGUGCUAUAUGAAUUAUGGACUGUUGAUAAGGUGGCAUGGCGCCCAAUUUAUGGUCUUUUCGAUACUAGGCAAGGAUUGC